GCUUCCGCUAUUGAGGGGAAGUUAAAAAAUUCUGUCUAUCUCGAAUGGAGUCCCUUGUGUGAUAGAGAGCAGUAACGAAAGAACAUUAGCAGCUCUUCGCAGUCCGUAUCGCGUCGUGCCGCGAAUGGGGGGCAGGUGCCCUUUUUUGCCAGUUUUCAACGAUCUCCUCCACGGUUCGAUCAAUGCUGUGCCGAUUUAUAAUCGCCGGAAUUGCCUGUGUGUGUUCCUCGCUCUGCGAUAAAUCGUCGCGGGUGCUAAAGCAGUGAAGAAAAUCCGGUACAGCGAUUGCAGAGGAAGACGAAUUUAAAAGAUUUAUUUCUCUCUCCGAAUUGAGAAAGGGAUCCCCGGGGAGAAAACAGCAGUCCAGGAUUGGACCCGGUGAUUGUGGCGGGCACCAGACAUGGACUGGUUCCUUACAAACGAUACAGAGCUGGACGAUAAUUACGUGUUAAACGUAAUCAAACACAUUAACGAAUUGAACGGGUCGUUUAGCGAGUUCAAGUGUCUCGAAUACGAGCAUCAGGAUCAAAACAAGAAGGAAGAGCGGUUGGAAUGCGAAGUGGACUGGGAUACUAUAUUGUGCUGGCCUCGGACGCUUCCCGGCACCUUGGCCAUCAUCCCUUGCUUCGAGGAACUCAACGGAAUACCCUAUGAUAACACUCAAAAUGCCAGUCGAUGGUGUUGGCCCAAUGGGACAUGGGACAAUUACUCCAACUAUUCUUUGUGUCGCGACUUGCGACCACCGGCGAUUGAGCCCGGGGUAGAAAUAUCGACCACGCUAUAUUUCAUCGGCUAUGGCUUGUCCUUAUUCACUUUGAUAGUGGCAGUCUGCAUAUUCAUCUAUUAUAAAGAGUUACGAUGUCUUAGAAACAACAUACACACAAAUCUAAUGUUCACAUAUAUCAUGGCUGACUUGACGUGGAUUUUAACUACUGUGAUGCAGGUAUUUAUGAAAUCGAACAUACCAACUUGCGCGCUCUUCUCAUUUUUUCACUACUUUCACUUGACGAACUUUUUCUGGAUGUUCGUCGAGGGUCUAUAUCUGUAUCUAUUGGUCGUGAAAACGUUCACCGGGGACAAUAUCAAAUUGAGACUCUGCCUAGUGAUCGGCUGGGGUAUCCCGAUCCCUAUAAUAGUGAUAUGGGGAAUCGCCAAAUCUUUGAAUCAAAAAGUCAUGAACCACGUCAUAAACCAGGUUAAUCAGGAAGUCGCACUUUGGAGGCACUGUCCAUGGAUGAUACCACAUCCCUACGACUGGUUUUAUCAAGCACCCGCUAUAACAGUCCUCGCAGUGAAUAUGGUGUUUCUUUUCCUGAUUAUGCGGGUGUUGAUAACGAAGCUAUGGUCCGCCAACAACGUGGAGACGCAGCAAUAUAGGAAAGCCAGUAAAGCUCUCUUGGUGUUAAUACCACUUCUAGGAGUGACGUACGUGCUGGUCAUAGCGGGACCCAGCGAAGGCCAGGUCGCAAAUAUAUUCUCCUAUGCGCGUGCAGUGCUACUUUCUUCGCAGGGAUUCUUUGUUGCAUUGUUUUACUGUUUUCUCAAUACGGAAGUGCAGAAUGCAGUCAGACAUCACUUCUCACGAUGGAGCACCGCGCGAAAUCUUGGCAAUCACCGGAGAUAUUAUAACAACUGGUCACCCCGUUCAAGAACAGAGAGCAUAAGGUUGUACUGUCAACCGUCAAAUCCGUACCAAAAGCGGGAAUCCACGGUAAGUGAAACCACAACUACGACAGUGAUAGGCCCGAAUUCCACCACGACGUUCCUCGAUAAAUCCAAGAAUGUUAUUUCGGAGGACCUCAAUGAGUGAAACAGGAUUCGCGAGGGAUUCCAAUGUGAAUCGCGUCGCGUUACAUCGCAGCAGAUUUUAUCGUCGAUAGACUGAAUUUUUCAUGAAUAGCGUGCAGUUAUGUGAAAAAUGUUGUAAAAAAAUUGCAAAUUUGCCACAUUUUCUUUGAGAUUUUUAAGCAUAGGCUUUUUCCAAGGUGAAGAAUGCAGUAAUAACGAAAUAAUUAAUUAUUCACCAGCAAUGUAGCAGUAAUCUGAAAGAAAUUUCCUCGAUAUCUUCGUUCCAUUAUUAAAAUUCCUAGCUUUUCAUCGCAACUGUAAUUUUUAACGAAAGCAAGAAAUUGUGUGAAUAUUUGUCCUAUACACCAAAAUAAAUUAGUGUUUUCUCAUAUAUCAUUAUAUUCGAUAAUAUAGAUUAAUAAAAUAUACCGAAAACAUUGUUUUCUAUUCAUAAGUUAAUAAAUAAUAAAUCUCUUCAAAUCAACUUUCACAAAGUCCACUUUUUCAGUUAGAAAUGCAGAAUAUAUUUAGAUCAAAUUAUAUUUUUACUUUAAAUUAUAUUUUUACUUAAAUAUUUUUAUUUUAAGUUUUUAAUAUUAAAAAACUAAAGAGAGGAAGAGUUCUGAGUGUAACUGGUGCAAAAACUAAUUUAUUUCGAUAUAUAGUACAAGAAAAUAAAUUUACACAACUUCUGAUGUGAUAAUUCAAUGCCGCUACAGAAAGGAAAUUAUACAUAGAUAUAAUCUCGGAGGGAAUCUCAAUUUAUAUAACUCUGAAAAAGUAGAUAAAUUAAAAACAAUCGACAGAUAUUCGUUUUGUAGAAUUAAAUUUUUUAAAUAGUAAAUAUUAUUAUACAUAUAUAUCUACUCUAUUGCAAUCAUAUCAUCAUUAUUAAAAUAAUUCAUGUUAUCUUAGUUGUAAAUAAAGAUUAGAUGAAUUUUGCGCGCCAUUGAAUGCAAACGAACGGCAACGAUAAAGAGUAAAAGGUGUAUUUUGACCAAAUUUCAACUAUAACUUAAUCAGCCAUUACUAAUUCAUACGCGGCAGAAUUUUCUAUGACAAAAUUUCUGUCCAUCUAUAUAAUUCGUCGUUUCUAAUCUAAUCUCUCUUUCCAUAUAUUGUAUAUAUCAAAUGAUAAAAAAUUAAUAAUUCCAUUCAUUUAUGUUAUGAAAUUACUACUGGUAUUGUCUGAUUGAUUAAAAUUGAUUAAAUUAAUUGGAAUUUGAUCAAAUAAGUCACUCUACUCAGAUGUUCUUUAUCGCUAUCUCUCAUUCAGCGUUCAAUGGCUAUCUCUCAUUCAAGCCGAAUGGCCAAGUAUGCAUUAUCAACACUCAUCUGGACUGCUAUUAUAAGUUAAUACAUGAGAUAUGUUUUUUAUAGAACUUGAUAUAUAUGUAUGUUUCCUAAUAUUUUAUAAAAUUAAGACUUUUUAUGUCAACCUCAUGAUAGACAAUAGUAUUCAUAUCGAUAGAGACCAAUUAAUUUUGUGUUUCUCUCCUUUUCUUUCUUUAAUUGCGAGGAAAAGCAAAAUUUCUCAUUAACAAAAGAUUGAAACCAUCGAAGAAGAGAACCGUUGCAUAUUACAUAAAAGCAGUAUAUAUAUAUAAAUAAGAUAAUAUAUAUGUUGCUGUUAACUUAUUUAAUAAAAUAUCAAUUAUCUGAACAAGUGGGGGGAAUACAUCUCUGUUGAUAAUCGCUUCCGAAAUUUGGCGUUCUAUUAUAAACUACUAUGGCAUUCUAAUAUAUAGAAAUUAUACGAAUAAAAAUAAAUUAAAUAUAUAUGAAGAUUUGUGGAUCUGUAAAGAUCUAUAUAAAGAUUUGUAAAUUAUUAUUCAUAAAGAUCUAUAAUAGAGAAACGAAAAUGUACAUAUUUAUAAUAUAUUUAUCUGUGUUUUUCUCAAAUGUGUGAUGGACACGUACAAUUGUAUAUAUUGUUAUAUGUUAUUAGUUAUAUAAAUAAUAUUAUUCAAGUGGUGUAAUAUUUACAUGCAAAGCUGCAAUUGCAAAUAUUUUGUUAUGUUUCAUAUUUUUAACUUUAAUGAAUAAAAUUUUCUAUAUUUGUUAAAUUUAAAAAUUUUAAAUUGCAUAUAUAUAUAUGUGUAUGACAUAAUACAAAAAAAUGUAUAUAUAAUACUAUACGUUUAUGCUCCAUACAAUUAGUUUUAGGAAGGGUAUUGAAAAAUAUGGUUAAAAAAUUGAAGGCUUGUAAUAUUCACUAAAUCGAAUAAAAAGUGUUUUAAUGAAUAUUACAUGCUUUCUAAUAGUAAGUUCUAAAUAUAUUUUUUACUCCAUAUCUAAAUAUAUAAAAACAUUAUAAAGAAAAAAAAAUUACAUAUACUAUAAUACACAUAAAAAUUAUACACAACACAACCUUAUAAAUAUAAUAUGAUAAUUGAUUUUAUUAUAAUAUUUAAAACACACAAUUAUAUGUAGCAUACUAUGGAAUGUAAAAUAUGUGAAAAAAACUGUACCCAGUCAUCAUUAGGAAUUUUAUUUUUUUUUACACAUUUGAAAUUAAUCAUAUUUUUCACACAAUAAAGUAUAGAAUAACCCAACACACAAAUUUUGGUAAAGCUCUGCAGAACAUUUGCCAGAAAUGUACAUACAUAUACGUAUAUAUAUAUAUAUAUAGUCACACAUAAAUAAAAGACUUGAAAAAAUAAAAGGCUCAUCGUUCAUACAAUUACAUGUUUCGCUACAUAUCUUUGGACAGUGUAAUAUUUAAUGUUGAUAUAUAAAAUUCGUCUUUUAAGAAUGUGUUUGAUUUUACGAGUUUUACAUUUUACACAUGUACAUCAGCAGUUGCAGUGUGUGUAUUGUGGUCUCAAAACAAGUAGUUUACAUACAAGUAUUUAGCUAUAUAUAGUGAAAUAAAUCCAAUCACUUAUUCAUUUA